AUCAUCGCAUGCAUCAAAAUAUAUAAUAUUUGGUGCGAGAUUCUAUUAAAAUUUUUUCUAAUUUAAUUUAUCUGUUAAUAAAGUGUAAUAGUGAAAAAAAUAUAUCAAUCCGUUAGCAUGUAUACAUUCUUUAAUAAAUAAAUUAUGAGCAAUUUAUUUCAUGUACAGCGUGUCAGAAUACUGUACAAAACAAUUUUAAGGUUACAUCGUGGUUUACCAUCUGAAAUUCAAGUCUUAGGAACGAAUUACGUUCGAGAUGAAUUUAGAAGACAUAAAAAUUGUAACGAAGAUAUAGCAAUUAUAUUUAUGAAUGAAUGGACAGAGUAUGCUAUAAUGCUUACAAAACAACUUGGAUUAAAGGGACCACAUACAGCUAAACCUUUAGGUCAAAAUUUAAAAGAAGAAGAUUUUAACAAAUUUAGAGAUGAACAAUUACAUCAAUUAUAUGAAUUAAUGAUUGCAUCAACUGGUAAAAUCAAUAAAAAUAUAGAUGACACAUAAUUUAUUCUU